AAUAAUAUGAAGCUGAAACGAGGCAACAUUUUAUUCAAACUCUUAUGAGCCCACAAACAUAAACACCCUCAGCCUCCUUCCUCCCUCACUGAUUUCAACGCACGCUCAGGCAGGCCACAGCCUCUUCCAGUCACAAAUUCAACGAUUUUUUUCCAACCCCAUUCAAGUUCAACAGCAAUUAACCAAAAAAGAGUUUUAGGAGUAGAAGGUUAAAGCAGAGGAAGGGGCAGUGCAGCAAUCAAAUCAAACAUUGCAUUUGCAGGAAAGAAGAGGGAAUGGCUUUAAAUGGAAACAGUUGUUGUUGGAUUCAGGAGCGUCUCUUAAGUGGAAAGGGAAGUGUGUUCCCCAAUCCCAUCCAUCGGCCCUCUGCUACCAUUUUGCCCUGCAAGUCAACCGCCCUCUCCUUUUCCUCCUCCCUCCAACUGCAAGGAGUUGCGGCGGAUAGGAAGCAGCGCUCCUCCUUUGUCCAAGCACCGGCCAUCCGUUGUGUAGUGGGAUCCCUUACCAAAACUCAAGGCCUUCGCUUUGCUGUGGUUGUCGCCCGUUUCAAUGAGAUUGUGACAAAGCAGCUCUUGGAGGGAGCUCUGGACACUUUCAGCAAGUAUGCAGUUAAUGAAGAAGACAUUGAUGUUGUAUGGGUCCCGGGUUGUUUUGAAAUUGGUAUUGUUGCAGAAAGGCUGGGGAAGUCUCAAAAGUAUCAUGCAAUUUUAUGCAUUGGGGCUGUGAUAAGAGGAGAUACUUCUCACUAUGAUGCCGUGGCUAAUUCUGCAGCAUCUGGGGUGCUUUCAGCUGGCUUAAACUCUGGUGUUCCUUGCAUAUUUGGUGUUUUGACUUGUGAUAACAUGGACCAGGCAUUAAAUCGAGCUGGUGGUAAAUCUGGGAACAAAGGUGCUGAUUGUGCUUUGACAGCGAUUGAGAUGGCUUCCUUGUUUGAGCACCAUCUUAAGUAGUGGCACUGUUAUUCGUGACAUGAUAGGGAGCUCGACGUGAUUGGAUGCAGCACUCUUGUUCCUGGUAUUUUCCUUCUUGGGAGUGAGUGUUUUUUGUUGCUAUAGGAUAAUCUCUUUGUGGGAAGUUCUUGGAAAAGCAAAAUGGUAGACAUAGAUCCUGAAACCAUAAUCCGCAAUCUGCUUGUCUCUUAACUUCUUCGAGAAUUGUCAUUCCAUUGAAGCAUGUUUGAUGUAAUAAAUUACCAGUGCUUUAUAUAUAUAUAUAUAUAUAAUGUAGACACACAUAUGUGCGAGAGCGCAUAAAACUUGGGUUAUGACUUUGGUACGAUGAGAAGGGACCGUCCAAGUGAAUAAGAAUCUAUUAUAUGACAGUAAGUAAGAUUGAUUCGGAUGAGAU